GGAAGAGAGGAAUGUCACCAGACAGAAUGGUCAAAGCUGUGACGGCACAGCCUAGAUGUAGGAAAUGUGGAGCCGAGAGGCCUUCGUAGCCUAGGAGGAGAUGGACUUGGGGCUGCUAAAAAGAAAGGACAUCUUAGCUGAAAGCUGAUUGACUUAGCCAGUCAGGCUGUGAGCAGAGGGGCAGUGAGGACCGUGACUGUACAUGCCGGCACAGGCAAAGGCCCAGAGGGGAGAUGAACAUGGAACAGCAGGAAAAAUGACUAAGUUCAUCACGGACAGAGGGCAGUGGAAGAAGUUGGGCGGGAUAAAAAAGGUCAGACAGAUUGACAGGUAGAUACUGUGUGUUCAGUGAGGUUUGUCUCCAACGCACUGGGGAGCCAUAGAAGUCAAAACAAUGGGGAGGUUUGCUCAAGAGGUAAGAUCAUAUUUACAGUUUAUAAAGGGAAUAGAGAAAGACUAGAGGUUAGGGGAUCAGCAGGGACUGGAUACCCCCUCAGGCGGAGGAGAGGAGCUGAGCAAGACAUUGGGGAACUGGAACUAGCUUUAAUUCAUCCUUAAAGUAAACCCUGUAUAAGAAAGUUUGUGUUCUUUUUUCUCUUUCAUGUAAAUGGCUGUACAGUGGACCUCUGUUCCUUCUCCCCGAUGCAUAACCCCACUCCUGCUACCAAUUUCUCUCUGGAGCUCAUCGGACACAGUAUCUUUGAUUUCAUUCAUCCCUGUGACCAAGAGGAACUCCAGGAUGCCCUGACCCCCAGGCCAAGUCUGUCCAAGAAGAAGCUGGAAGCCCCCACAGAGCGCCACUUUUCCUUGCGCAUGAAAAGCACACUUACCAGCAGGGGGCGCACGCUCAACCUCAAAGCUGCCACUUGGAAGGUGCUGCACUGCUCAGGACAUAUGAGGGCCUACAAGCCCCCUGCGCAGACUUCCCCCACCGGGAGCCCUCGCUCCGAGCCUCCCCUGCAAUGCCUGGUGCUUAUCUGUGAAGCCAUCCCCCACCCAUCCAGUCUGGAGUCCCCUCUGGGCCGAGGGGCCUUUCUCAGCCGCCACAGCCUGGACAUGAAGUUCACAUACUGCGAUGAGAGGAUCGCAGAAGUCGCUGGCUACAGCCCUGAAGACCUGAUUGGCUGUUCUGCCUACGAAUACAUCCAUGCACUGGACUCUGAUGCAGUCAGCAGGAGCAUCCACACUUUGCUGAGCAAGGGCCAGGCAGUAACGGGUCAGUAUCGCUUUCUGGCCCGGACCGGAGGCUACCUGUGGACUCAGACCCAGGCUACAGUGGUGUCAGGGGGACGGGGCCCCCAGUCAGAAAGUAUCAUCUGUGUCCACUUCCUGAUCAGCCGGGUAGAAGAGACAGGAGUGGUGCUGUCCCUGGAACAAACAGAGCAACACACUCGCAGACCCCCUCAGCGGGGUACCUCCUCACAGAAGGGUAUCCCUGGCAACAGUCUAGACCCACCUGCUCCCCGGAUUCUGGCCUUCCUGCACCCUCCGGCCCUGAGUGAGGCCUCCCUGGCUGCUGACCCUCGCCGUUUCUGUAGCCCAGAUCUGCGUCGCCUUAUGGCACCCAUUCUGGAUGGGCAUCCCAUAGCCGCCACCCCCAGCACCCCACAGGCUACGCGUCGACCCCAAAGUCCUCUUCCAGCUGAUCUUCCAGAUCAGUUGCUUGGGGGCUUAGAGAAUGCAUACAGACUCUCCACUGCCAGGAAAGACAAGACUGUGGAGAAAGAUCUAGAUAAAGCUCAGGACUCUGACACUCUGGACUUGGAGAUGCUGGCUCCCUACAUCUCCAUGGAUGAUGACUUCCAGCUCAAUUCCAGCGAGCAAUUGCCCAGGACCCACCGCAGACCUCCUGGGGUGGCCCGCAGACCCCGUGCUCGGAGCUUCCAUGGUCUGUCGCCCCCCAUCCCUGAGCCCUCCUUGCUGCCCCGCUGGGGGAGCGAUCCACGACUGAACUGCUCCAGCCCCUCCAGGGGAGAUCCCCCUACAGCCUCCCUAAUGCCUGGAACUCGGAAGAGGGCCCUGGCCCAGAGCUCAGAGGACAAAGGGAUGGAGCAACUGGAAACAAAGCCCGCCAAGCGGUCCCCCAGCCUGGAACCUGGAAGCUUCCGAUUGCCUCCCCUCAGCCUGAGUUUUCUUCUGCAAGGUCGACAAUUCCCAGGGAACCAGCAGGAUCCCAGAACCCCUCUCCUGGACUCCCAUGAGGCCUUGGGACUAGCUCCCUCGCUGCUCUCUCUCUACCAGCAUGAGGAAACUACCCAGCCCAGGAACCACGUCCCACCAGCGGCAGGCUUGGCCCAGGCCCACUGAGUCAGCUUUCUUCCCAGAUCCCUUCUUCUACCCCAGAGAGGACUCAGCCACACUCCACACCAGCAGCUCACAUCCAGGAUGGGGCCUCUCUCCUCUGAGUGCCCCCCAACACCCUCGGCCAGCCUCAGUCCUACCUCAGACCCCCCCAACCCUCUGCCUUCACCCAUUCAGGGGUUUCUUGGAUUAUUUGCAGCUCAGUGACCUCUGGGAGGGGGUGCGUGACCCCCUCCACCUCCUCUCAGGACUUCUCUUGGGAUUCUCCAUAGUUGGUUACCUCACUAUCCCUUUCUCUGACUCUGCUUUAUUUGGGAGAAUAAGGGGUUGGAAGAAUCAGGGAUUUGCCUCUGAUCCUGGCCCCAUGGAGUUUGGAUAACCAUAAUCACAUUUUUUGUUCUUUUGUGUUUGCUUUUGUUUUCCAUCACCCUUCUAUCAGUUUUACUUUAUCCUUUUCACAAUAAUUCAUUCGGACACUCUGCCUUGUGUAGGGUUCGCAGCAAUGUGGGACUGCGAUGUCCCCCCUCCUCAGUGGGUGGCAAAGGUGGGUAGACUCAGGGUCAGACCUCACCCCAGCGACUUGUGGAGUCUCAGCCUCCCAAGCUGCCACCCAAUCUGCCUGUUAUUUCUGCUCCUACUUCCUACCAGCACCAACCUAGCCUAAAUAAUGUCUUCAUUUGUGAUCUUCCUGUUUUAGGUAUAUCCAGCAACUUCCUCUACUCAGCAGAUGCAUAAUCUCCGACCUUUCCUGAAUCUAGAAUACUUGACUCCUACCUUUACUGUUUGUAGACUGUACAACCUCUAGUCUUCCCAGGUCUUAGGCUGUACCACUUUCCAUCUUCCCCGGUUCUAGAUAGCAAGACCCAGGGCCUUCCUUGCAUCUAGACCAUGUAGCCCAUGGUCUUUGUUGGUUCUAGAUUGUAUGCCCUUGGGCCUUCCCUGGUUCUAGAGGCUUGUGGACUCUCUGGUUCUAGAGUUUCUACUUCCUUCUAAAAUGCACAAUCCAUGGACUCCAUAUCCCUUAUCCUUUCCCGUUUCUAGACUGUGAGGCCUAUGGCCUUCCUUGGAUCUAAACUGUGCCACCAUUGGUCUCCUCUGGAUCUAGGCUUAUGGCCUCUGGCCUUCCUUGUUAAAGACACCAUGGCCUCUGGCCUCCAUGGUUCUAAACUGUGUUAUUCCUGUCUUCUUCAGUUCUAGACUAUGCAACCUCUAUCCUUCUCUAUCCCUAGUCUGUACGUUCUCUGGUCUUUAACUGAUUCUCAACUGCACACCUUAUCACCCCGCUUUGGUUUUACACUAUGCCACUUUUCUGACCUUUUCUCUGGUUCUAGAGUAUAGGCCCUCCAAUCUUCUGUGGUUCUAGAGCUGUGGCUCUCAGUCUUCCUAAUGCUGCAGCCCUUUAAUACAGUUACUCACACUGUGGUGACCCCAACCAUGAAAUUAUUUUUGUUGCUACUUCAUAGCUAUAAUUUUGCUACUGUUAUGAAUCAUGUAAAUAUCUGCUAUGCAGAAUAUCUGCUAUGCAACUCCCAAAGGGGUUGAAACCUACAGGUUGAGAACUGCUACUCUAGACUAUAUCUGUGAACAUCUUUAAUUCUAGGCUAUAUGACCACUAACCUUCUCUGACAUUCCCUGGUUCUAGACUAUGCUAUCAUUGACUUCCCACUGACUCCAGACUGCAUCACUUCCACCAUGGUCUGCUACAGUUUCUUCAAAUCCUUCUAAUGCCAGAUCUCAUAGUCUUCAGCUCUUUCUUGGACUGGCUCUCACAGCCCCCAGUUGUGUCUGUUUUCAAACCUCACAGUGCUUUAAAGUGUGCUUUGAAUUACAUCAUCUGUAAGGCUUUCUGGGUCUAGAGUCUAUGACCACCAGAAUCCUCUUACUACAAAACUCAUCCUGUAAUAUCCUCCGCUUCUAGACUUCUUCAAAAUGCCUGCGGUUCCCAUGUCUUCUGUUCCCUGUCAUUGCAGACCGUUUUUGUGUUGUGUGUGUGGUAUUGAGGAUUAAAUCCAGGACUUUGCACCUGUUAUUCUGCUCACCUCUGCCUCUCGAGUGCUGGGAUUAAAGGUGUGCACCACCACCACCCGGCUCCCUAUUUUAUUUCUUGUUUGCUUUUUGUUUUUUUGUUUUUGGUUUUGUUUGUUUGUUUGUUUUGUAUUGUUUUGGUUUGGUUUGGUUUGGUUUUGGUUUUUUUGUUUGUUUGUUUUUUGAGACCUGGUUUCCCUGUGUAACAGUCCUAGCUGUCCUGGAACUAAGCUGGCCUUGAACUCACAGGGAUUCACCUGCCUCUGCCUUCCAAGUGCUAGGAUUAAGGGCAUGAACCACCACCACCUCAUUUCUUGUUUUGAGACAGGAUCUUGUUCAAAAGCUCAGACUAACCUUGAACUCACUCUUUCAAGGUAGGCCUUGAACUCCUGUUCCUUCUGCCUAAGCCUCCCGAGUGUCUAGGAAUUUGUGGCCUUUGAGACUGAGUUCAGUUGAUCUUAUAAUUACGAUUCCUUCUUGUUUCUGGAGCCCACAACUCCAAACUUCUUGUAGGUACCAGUCUUUCUCAUCUGUAAGAUAUUUGGUUUUAAAUCCAAAUCUCAUUUCUACAUCAUUUUGGUUCCAAACCUCACAAUGCCUAUCUUAUUUCUCUCCAAGUUUCUGUACGCAAGAAUUCAAGAACUGCUUUCCCCCAGUAAAGAAGGGUAAAGCGAAUUUUUUUUUUUUUUUUUUUUUUUUUUUUAGUUUUUUCGAGACAGGGUUUCUCUGUGGUUUUGGAGCCUGUCCUGGAACUAGCUCUUGUAGACCAGGCUGGUCUCGAACUCACAGAGAUCCGCCUGCCUCUGCCUCCCGAGUGCUGGGAUUAAAGGCGUGCGCCACCACCGCCCGGCUGGUAAAGCGAAUUUUAUGUCUUGAACUUAGAGCUGACUCUUCUGGAGACAGACACCAUGUGCCCAAUCUCUUGGGUUCUAGAUUUUACUACCUCUACCAUCCCCAGGUUUUAGACUAUGCAAACUCUAGACUUGAAACUUCCAGAAUUCCUUGAUCUCAGAUAACUGAGCUUCAAAUAUCAAGCCAGGGGGUGGUGGUACACACCUUUAAUCUCAGUCCUUGGGAGGUAGAGACAGGCAGACCUCUCUGAGUUGAAUCCAGACUGGUAUACAGAGUGAGUUCCAGGACAGCUAGGGCUACUCAGAGAAGCCCUGUCUUGAAAAACCAAAACAACACAAAGCAACAACAAAAGAAAAACCUUCUGGAUUUUGUUGUUGUUUUGACAAUGUCUCAAAACUCAACAUUAAAUUGCCACGUGGUCAAGAAUGACCUUGAAUUCACAAUACCUCUUCACCCACCUCCCAAGUGCUGGGAUUACACUCAUGCCUGGUUGUGUGUGGUGCUGGGGAUUGAACCCCGAAUAUCAUGCAUGCUAGGCAAGUACUCUACCGACUGAGCCACACUCAGCCUCUGUAGAUGUCUUCUGAUUCUAGACCUUACGCCGUGAGUUCCUUUGGUUCUAGAUGCCACAGUUGCCCAGUCCUCCUGACUUCAGAUCUUAUGACUCAAAUUACCCUGAAUCUAGAACACAUCUUGAAAAUAUCAGCUGAUAAUGCCUUGCCUUAUACAUUUCUCUAGUUCUAAACCUUAGAUACCAACUCUUUUUCAUUCUAGAUUGUAAGAACCCAAAAAUCUCUGUGAAUUCUAGAAUUUAGUUUUGGAGUUCUUGGGGGCGGCAGGAUUUCACUUAGCUCAGGAUGGCCUCCAACUCACUACAUAGGCAAGGCUGACCUUGAACUUCUGAUCCUCUAUCCUCCUCCACGUCUCAAAUGCUGGGUUUGCACGUGUGCACCAUCACACUCACCUUAUGUGGUGCCAGGGAUAAAACCCAGCUGUGUAUGAUGACAAGCAAACACUCUACCAGCUGAGACACAUGCCCUCUCCCAGGCCUUUUCGAAUUCUACCAUUACGCAUAAAUCACUGGGCUAGGCCUCUGGCUUCUGAUCCUACUUCUUCGGUUUCUAGAACGCAACCUCCAAAUGGGUUUUUGUAGAAUGUUUCAUGUUGUAGAAUCUAGAAUUCACUCUGUAGGUUUUCUUGGUCUAAGACCUCAUAUCCCUUGACUUUUUAGGUCCACAUCUAAUCUUCUAGCUCUGUUCUGGGCUUCCUGGCCCUCGUUGUACGUGUCCCAGUUCUUCCCUUAACUCUCAAGUCUUCCCAUUCCAGAUCCUAUGCUCAUGAACUUCAUGUUCAAGGCCCUCCUAUCUCACAGCCCUAAAAAUUCUAUACCCUAGCAUCUCUUUCACUCCUCACCCCAAACCUCCAGGUAUGCACUUAACUUUUCUCCAGGCCUCUAAAGACCUGGGCCUCCCUCCUCUCCUUAGGGGAAUCCAUAAUCCAGCCGCACAGGCACACGCACAGCCCUAUCUGCUUAUCUUGGGGUGGGGAGAGAAGGAAGGACCCCUCAGCUGUCUCCCACCAGCUAUGCACCCUCCUUACCCGCAGCUCCCUUUCUACAAUGGUGCUACUCUUGGUCUUCCACAGAAAAAGCCUCCCCUCUCUGUCCCAUUCAUGACUCUAUGGAAGGUGCCACUCAAUCUGUCUUGUCAAGAGGUGGCCUGUUCAGGUGCUACAGGGGAAAGGGUGUGAACCUUCUCUCCUAUCAUGGGUUUUGUGGGUUCUCAAUGGAAGGAAUUGUCCUGGGUAGGAGAGAGGAAGGACAUGGCCCAGCCAUUCUUGCUCAGAAACCCAAAAAUGUCUCCAAAACCAGCAUAAAGACCUCGCCUUGGUAGGCACCAGAGAGAAAUGUGUUGACUCAUCUGUGGGGUUGCUUUGAAGGGUGUGGGUGCACCAUGUAGCUGGUAUCCAUUGGCUGUUUGUCAGAGACUAUUGUAUGCCAUGCUAGCCUCAAACUCACUAUGUAGCCAAGGAUAACCUUCAACUUUGAUCCCUCUGCCUCCACAUCUUAAGUAUUGGGAUAUAGGGGUGUACCACCACAUUUGGCAUCCAUGUUACUCUCUGAUGUGUGUGUGCGCGCGCAUGCGUGCGUGAGUUGGGAUGUGGGUGCCAUGCCAUAUGUGUGAAUAUCAAUGGACAACUUGCAAGAGCUGGUUCUUGCCUUUCACCGUAUGGAUCUUGAGCAUCAAACUCUCAGUUCAUUGGGCUUGGUGGCAGCAUCUUUACUUGCUGAUGCUUCACAGUAGCCUGUGGAGUUUGUUUGCUUAUGUUUGUUUGUUUAAUUCAGGGUCUUAUAUAUCCCUGACUGGCCCUUCACUCACUGUGUAGCCAAGACCUUCUGAUCCUCCUGUCUUGAUCCCCCUAGUGCUGGGAUUACAGGCAUGCUUCACCAAACCUGUUUUAUUUGGUACUGGGGAUUGAAUCCGGAGCUUGUUGCAUGCCAUCGAGCACUCUACCAAUCGAUCAACAUCUCUAGCCCAGCACUGUGGUUUCUUUUUUAAUGUCUGUGUGGUGUUGCGAUCCUGCAUAUGUGUGUGGGACUGUUUAGCACAGCAAUUCCAGAAGAGUGUGUGCGUGCGCGCGCGUGCCUGCCUGUGUGUCUGUGUCUGCGUGGGAGACUGUGAGUCUGCAGGUUCCUGCGUGGGAGGGUGUGUCUGUUCUGUUUCGUCUCUGUACGUGCCACUCUUCUAUCCUUCUCCCUUGUUCCUCACAGGCAAGAAAACCUCUUUCAAGUAGUUGCACUUGCUGUGCUUCCUGCCCUGAAUGUCUUUCCUGAGGAAGUACCUUGGUGGGUAAAGUGAUUGGCUAACAUGCACAAAGGCCUGGGUUCCCUCCCCAGCAUCACAUAACGGGGCAUGAUGGCAUGACCUAUAAUGCCCUCACUUCCUAGCUGAAGGUGGGAGGGUUAGGAGAUCAAGGUAAUCUUCAGCUGCACGCUGAGUUUAAGGCCAGCUGAAGCUAUGUGGGACCUUGUCUUAGAAAAAGUCUUUCUCCCUCAUGCUCUCAUUUGCUCAAUGAACUCAUACUUCAGAUCUCUGUUCAACACUCCUCAGGAAGCCAUUCUUGCCUCCCCCAGUUGGAGAAGGUUCUUCUAAACCUUCCGAAGUCCCCUCAUUCCAGCCUAUUUACACUGUUGAACUCACAGAUUACCUGUGAGGUUCUCAACAUGGGGCACACUUCUCUUCACCUCUUCAAGCACUGCAACUCACAUGAACUUUGCACUGGGUUGGAGAUUUUAGCUGGGAAAGAGAGAGAGGGAGAUCAAAGCAGGGUCUUACUCUAUAACCUAAGCUGACCCGGAACUCACUAUGUGCCUCAAGCUGGCCUCAAACCCAUGGCACUCUUUCUCCCUCAGCCUCUCAAAUGCUGGGAUUGCAAGUGUGAGCCUUCAGGCCGGGCUUCUCUCAAACCUCCUCUGCAUUUAUGCACAGGCCCCACAACUAUCUAUCUCCUCUUUACAAAGGAAAUAACAGAAAGGGUGAUUGCUUGCCCAAGGCCACAGAGUCUCAGGAAAAGUCUGAGCUGGAUUUCAAAUGUAUUAGAACAGAUACUGCCUCAAAAAUAAAAGAUUUCACUGGCACUGCAGAAGCAGUCAAAUAGGAACUAAGUGCUGGGAACUUAGAUUCAGAUUUGGACCUUCAGUGAGACUUUUCAGGAGUAAAUUCCUGUGAACUUCAGUGUCCUCACAUGUAAAAUGGACAUGACAACAAUACCUACUUUCUA